AUGCGCUUCCCUCGGGCCAGAUUUCAGAAUCCCCCGCGUAGUGUUGUUGAUGCAGGAAACACAUUCUCUUCUGCGGAAGCAAUUGACCACUCUAAGCAUUCUCCCGGAUCACCCGCAAAUCAUCCUCACGUGACCAUUUUCCUCUUCAAAGCAAGUUUAUGUGAGUCAAUAAGGAGCUGGGAGAAUUAUCUAGGCAACUCCGACUUAAAUGAAAUAAAGAAUGUUGCUUUUACUCCAAAUAUGUCUCCAAGUGUUGAUCCUCAACCCCUUUAUCCAUUCCAAGCUCCAACUCCAUUGAUGCCUUUCACACACAACAGUGUGCCAAAGUUAUCAGGGCUUUGUUCAUUUAACUUUUCAGCUGUUGAACAUGUACUGGGGGUGACAGCAACUGAUUGCUGGGCUUCACUUGCUCCAUAUCUUGCAAAUGUGGUAUGUUGUCCUCAAGUUGAUUCCAGCCUAGUGAUUCUUAUUGGCCAGUCCAGUAUUCACACUCAGAAGCUCGAGCUGAAUGAGACUGAAGCAAAACACUGCAUCUCGGAUUUCCAGCAGAUCAUGGAAAGUAAAGGUGCCAGUGAGAGUCUUCUCGAGAUGUGCUCAGUUCACCCAUCGAAUCUCACGAAAUUAUCUUGCCCUGUAGCUGAUGUUAGCGAGAUUGAAAGGAAAAUAGAUUCCUCUGCUUUACUGGUUGCUUGUGAGAAAAUUGAUCCUGCUAAUGAGUGCUGCAAUCGAGUUUGCCAAAAUGCCAUAUCAGAUGCUGCUGAAGAAUUAGCUGUAAGGAAUUAUACUAGGACUGGUUUGGGAGGCACUUCUGUAGUUUCUGAGCAGGCAUCUCUUGUAAAUUACUGUAAGAAUAUUGUGCUCCGGUGGCUAGCUAGUAAACUCGAUCCCGCUUCUGCAAAUAGAGUUCUUAGAGUACUUACUAGUUGCAAAAUAAACAAAGCAUGUCCAUUGCUUCUUCCUGACGUGAAAAAUGUUUCUGCGGAGUGUGGAAAUUUAACAAGUAAUCAGACAGCUUGCUGCAAUGCCAUGGACAGCUACUUAUCUCAGUUGCAAAAGCAGAGCUUUGUUACUAACUUGCAGGCUUUAAAUUGUGCGGCCUCACUUGGCUUGAAGUUGCAAAGAGCUAAUAUCUCAAGCAAUGUUUAUACACUUUGCCAGAUAAAUCUCAAAGAUUUUUCCCUUCAAGUGGACUCGAAAGUAUCUGGUUGUCUUUUUCCAAGUUUGCCUUCCGAUGUAACAUACGACAAAGCUUCGGGAAUCAAUUUUAUUUGUGAUCUUAACGAUAAUGUUGCAGCCCCUUGGCCCUCGGGUUCUGUUGAUUCAUCUUCUUCAUGCAAUAAAACCACCAAGAUUCCAGAACCUCCCAAAGCAACGUCGGCACAACUUGGAAUCUAUGUUAAAGAUGUGUCUUUUACACUGUGGAUCACCUCCUUGAUGGUUCUUCGAAUGCUUGCUUAA